UCAUGCUGCUGCCAGGUCCAGAGUCUCUCAUGGGUCCCUGUACGGCCUCCCAUUGCUGCUGUCUCCAUCGCCACACUCUGCCAUGUGCCACUUUCAGGUCUCCUCACACUGCUGGUGUGUUCCAUUUUUUGUCAUAGGGUGCUGGCAGAUUACGGGCCUCCCAUAGCUGCUGCCAGGCCCCUAAUCUGCCAUGGGCCCCUAUACCGCCUCCUCAUGCUGCUGCCAAGUCCAGAGUCUCUCAUGGGUCCCUGUACGGCCUCCCAUUGCUGCUGUCUCCAUCGCCACACUCUGCCAUGUGCCACUUUCAGGUCUCCUCACACUGCUGGUGUGGUUCCAUUUUUUGUC